CUUCACACCGAGGCUAGCCUUCAGACACGCCACACGAAAUUGUUGAAGCGAUUUUCUAUAUAUACUAGUUGAACUUUUCCGGAGCAAAAAUUAUUAGAUUUACAGAAUGAGCCGACAUCGCUUCAAUAACGUUCAGAUCAAAGCUUUGCCCGGCGGUCUGAUGCCCCACCAGGAGCCGGAAGCGGAUGGCGGUCAGCCCAGUUCGCAAAAGCUGCCGAUGUGGCCAAGCGAACGGAUUGCCCCUGGAGGCGCUGGAGCCUUUCACUCGGCCAAGGUAGAAUACAGCAAGGAGACUGCUGAUCUGAUUCGAUUGCUUGUUAAGGAGUCCAAGAUGUCGAUGAUGGUACGCAAACAAAUCGAUGAGAGCCUGCGCAAUGGAGAACCUUUGCCACUUCCCGAGCCACCGCGUCCGAAUACAAAAAACGAUCCCGACAAGGAGACAUUGGCCAUUUUGGACCGUGCUCGCAAUGCCAAGCGGAAGAAUCUUCGGCAGAUCGAGGCGAGUGGGGCUUAUAAGCAGAGCUACUACCGCCCUCCCGCCGACAACCGAAUGCACGGCGAGAAGGCCAAGUCUCAGCUACAGUUCACCAUGGCCGGCACUCAUCUACCGGAUCCAGCAAUCAAGCCACGUCGACGUCCACGUGAAGAGCAUUUAGUGACAGAAGAGGACCUUAUAAACGAGCUGCUGGAUCAAAUUAACGAGCGUGCGGAAUGGUUGACCGAAAUGGAAUCCAUGGGCCAGGGUAAAAAGUAUCGUCCGGAAAUACGUGAGCAGAUCGCCGAACGUCUGCGUCGCAUUCAGGCGUUGGAAUCUAAGAUGAAGAUGAAAUCAGAUGGUGGUUUCCGUUUUGUGGACUAAAUGUGUUAUCUGUUAUCCACAUUUUAUGAGUUUCCUUGAGACGAGCACAAUCCUAUUUAAUAAAUUUCAAGAUUCAUUUAAAUUUUGUGAGAUUUUCUGUUAACACUCGAUUAAUAAAUAGCUUUAUUUAACUUAUUUGCAUUCGUAUAAUUUGGAUUUCGU